AUGUGAUGCUAAAUCUUUCUCUGCAAUACAUACAGGAUCACCUUAUCAAACAGGGCAUGAAAGCGGAACAUGCUGCUUCUCUCAUUGAAUUGGCAUCUACCAAGUGCAGCUCAGUGAAAUAUGAUGUGGAAAUAGCAGAGGAGUACUUUGCUAGACAGAUUUCCUCUUUCUGUGGGAUCGACUGUACCACAAUUCUCCAGCUACAUGAGGUUCCCAGCUUGCAGUCCAUUUAUACCCUUGAUGCUGCAAUUUCCAAGAUCCAAGUUUCUCUAGAUGAGCAUUUUUCCAAACUAGCUGCAGAAACCGACCCACACAAAUCAUCUGAGAUAACCAAGAAUCUGCUGCCUGCUACGCUACAGCUUAUUGACACUUAUGCUACAUUCACCAGGUACGCUGCUGACGUAGCCCCUCGAGAGGGAUAUUGUUUUCUUUUCUGUACUUGGCUCUUCAUUUUGUGUUAGCUCCCCAUCCCUGUA